AUGCGAAUAUCAAUGGAUUAUAAUUUGUUCAUAUUUAUUAUAUAUGAGAACAUUUACUCGUAAUUUGUUUCGAUAUCUUUCUCUUUCUAGUUAAGCGCAGUUUAUCAUUAUUAUUCCUCGUUAAUCGUUGUUGCAUUCAAUAAAAAUGGUUUGAUUAUCAAGGUCCACGAGUGAAUUAAUCUGUCAGUCGUCUGCCGGCUAACGGCUAUCCGCGUCCGUCGUUCGUUCUCCGUGUUCAAACCGGGAUUCUUCAUAAUGGCCCUGCUAUUGUUGUUAGUGUGUGUCGUUUUUGCGACUUUGCUACUGAUAGUUAUUCGUACGUGUAAGAAACCAAAGAACUAUCCGCCAGGACCGACGUGGUGGCCGUUUGUGGGCAACACAUAUCAAUUAGCUAAACUUUCAAAAGCUAAAGGUGGCCAACAUCUAGCGUUAGAGGAGCUUCGUCAAAUAUAUAAAUCCGAUGUGAUCGGAUUAAAAUUAGGACAUGAACACGUUGUUGUAGUGUUUGGAAAUGAUCUAUUGAAUGACACAUUUCGCAAAGAUGAGUUUCUGGGUCGGCCAGAUAAUUUUUUCAUGAAACUCAGAACAAUGGGUUUGCGUAGAGGUAUUACGAUGACAGACGGAGAUCUAUGGAAAAUACAUAGAUCAUUUGUGGUUAGACAUCUGAAGUUACUUGGACUAGGAAAGAAAAAAAUGGACGAAUUGAUUUAUGAAGAAUACCAAAUCAUGGUACAACGGAUGUUCGAUGGCGAAAAUAGUGUAAUGCCGGCCACGUACAUACAGUCGGCCGUCAUGAAUGUCAUGUGGGAGCUAACGGCUGGUGCUAAAUUCGAGGACUCCAAAUUGUUAAUGUUGAUAAAAAAACGAAGCACAGCAUUCGACAUGGCCGGUGGACUGUUGAACCAGAUACCCUGGAUCCGAUUUUUGGCACCCGUUAGCACUGGUUUCUCGCUCAUACAAAACAUCAACCAACAGCUAUAUUCAUUAUUAUCCGAUAUCAUAGCGGAGCACAAGAAAACUCUGUCUGAAACAACCAGAGAUUUUAUUGACGCGUACUUACAUCAAAUGAAAAAAGAAGACAUAUCUAACACAACUUUUACAGAAGAACAGUUGGUAGCUGUAUGUUUAGACUUAUUCUUUGGUGGAUCGUCUACAUCCAGCAGCACACUGGAUUUCGCUUUACUAGCCAUGGCUCGAUGGCCAGAAGUCCAGGCUAAAGUCCAAUCUACUUUGGAUGAGAUUAAACCACCAGGCACGUAUAUUGAAGCUGAAGAAAUUCUUAAAAAUAGAUAUGUGGAAGCUGUGUUGCUUGAGUCGAUGAGGCUUAAUCAUGUAACACCAGUCAUAGGCCCUAGGCGUGCAUUAAAAGAUACGAAUCUAAAUGGCUAUAACAUACCCAAGAACACAACACUACUGAUGAGCUUGUAUUCAUUUCAUCACGAUAAAACAAAAUGGAACGAUUCAGAAGUUUUUCGUCCUGAGAGAUUUAUAGACGAAGAUGGACAAUUCAAACCAUCAGAAGAAAUGUACUUUUUUGGUGCCGGGAAAAGACGAUGUCCAGCUGAAGCCUUAGCACAACGGUUCAUCACCUUAGUAUUUACAAAUCUAAUUCAUGAUUUUGUAAUCGAAAUAGAUCAGUUACCAGAUGGAGUACAUUGUGGUAUACUUUUAAGUUCUAUGCCAUACAAAAUAAAAAUGUCUAAAAGAAAAUAAUUAUAUUUUAUGUAUUUUAUUUAUAUUGUGAA